AUGAAAGAUUCUUGGUCCUCCAACAGCACCACUUCCACAGCUAUACGCCUUGUUGGCUCACCGUACGGAACCGACUCUCCCUUCCAACCAACUUUCACCUAUCCGAUCUAUGGCGAGGCCGAAACUAUCUACGGUUAUGAGGGACUAGCUAUCAAGCUGAGCGUCGCAUCAGGCAGCCUCGUGCCGUUGCUUGAAGUCACAUACCGCGCAAAGAACGAAGCUACCACGGCCGAAAUCGACGAUGUCGAGGGAAAGAUCAAGGAAUUCCUUGCACCUGAUUUCCUUUCCACCUCCAGCCCUUCUGCGAUGGAAGAGUUUGAAACAGUGGUAAAGGCGGACAAAGAAUUUCGACCGUUGGGCGACAAAGUGCACAGCUACACGCGUGGCAAAGUAGACAAAGGCAAAGCCAAAUCGAGCACAGCAUCGCUCGCCUCUUCCACCCUAUCCGCAAGUGACCCGAACGCAAGAGUGUUCGAAAUCUACCGAUCCACCUGGCAUACACCUGGAUUCCGCGAGUAUCACCGUCGAAUGCAACUAUUUACACUGCUCUUUAUCGAAGGUGCGAGCUACAUUCAGGAGGACGAGACUAAUUGGGAGUUUUUCACGCUCUACGAGAAAGUCUCGCGCGACGACAAGCAGACAUGGCACUUUAUGGGCUAUACAUCACUCUACAAGUUCUGGUGUUGGCCCGAUUCGUCUAGGAUCCGGUUGAGCCAGUUUGUCAUUCUACCGCCAUUCCAAAAGCAAGGUCAUGGAGGAGCGCUCUACACUACAGUGUAUGAUCAGAUUCGAGAGCGCGCCAACGUGACCGAGCUCACGGUGGAGGAUCCAUCAGAAGAUUUUGAUCGGUUGCGGGACGGAAAUGAUCUGCGCAGGUUGUUGGCUCCAGGUGGAUUUGCGGAUUCCGCGAAAGCGCAAAACAAACUUCAUGCGCCAUUGGACAAAGAAUGGAUCGAGUCGCAACGACUGCAACACAAAUUGGCCCCACGUCAGUGGUCGAGAGUGCUCGAAAUGGUGCAGCUGAUGAACCUGGAUACUACGGAUCAUGAGCAGGUCAAGCAGUACAGGCUUCAGGUAAAAGCGAGGAUCUACCGCCAGAACAAAGACAUUCUGAUGCAACUGGAAAAGCAGCAACAGAGAAGCAAGUUGCAAGAAACCUUUGAGGGUGUGGUGGAGGAGUAUGGUGACAUGGUGGGCGUAGAUGUUGAGGAUCUGCUGGAUGAUGGACCGAGCGGCACAGGUGCGCUGUACGGCGCAGAUGAGGAGGAGGAUCAAGAGCAAGGGCAAGGGGACAGGCACUAUAGCAACGGGAACGGUCCGCCGCGCAAGAUGGCUCGCCUCGCAUGA